AUGCUCGCAUCGCUCUACGACGUGGUGUUCUCUGUUGCCUCCCUCGCCGCGCUCUAUGCGGCGUGGCGAGUUGGCUCCAGAGUGUACUCGCAGCGUAUCAUCGAUGUCGCACUCGCCAACCAGAAGCUGCACAGCCCGCCAUCGACGAUCCCCUUGCUUGGCAACACGCUCGACGCCUUGUUCCUGCAGAAGACGCGAUUCUGGGACUGGAUCGCCGAGCAGAGCGAGCUCAGCGGGGGCAAACCGUGGGUGCUGCGUCUCGUCGGUCGACCCACGACCCUCGUGUGCACGUCGCCCGAGGCGCUGGAGGAUAUCUUCAAGACGCACUUCGACACGUUCGAACGCGGCGCCGACCUUCGAGACCUUCUCUACGACUUCUUCGGUGAUGGGAUCGUCGGUGCCGACGGCGAGAACUGGCAGAAGCAGCGUCCGCUGCGUGACGCCAUGGCCACAGUCGUGAAGGAGAAGGCGCUGCACCUACGCGACGCGUUGGCCAAGUGCGCGAAGGAGGGACGCACCGUGGACAUGAAGUCGCUGCUGGAGAAGUUCUCAGGCGACACGUUCACCAAAAUCGCCUUUGGGGUCGAUCUCAAUGGGAUGGAGAGCGAUCAUCCGUUCAACAAAGCAGUGGACGUCAUGUCGGAGACGCUGGACUCGCGACUGCUCUCGCCCACUUGGCUGUGGAAGAUGAAGCGGUUCCUGAACGUCGGAGACGAACGCAAGCUCAAGGAAGCCUGCGCUAUCGUGCACGAGUUGACCCACCAAGUCAUGACCGAGUCGAUGCAGCAGCAGCAGAAGAAGAAGAACAAGAACAAGAGUGACGUGCUCACUCUUCUCUUGGACUCGAGUGGCGACUUGGACGUUGCAGUCGUGCGCGACGCCGUUAUGAACUUCUUGCUGGCAGGGAAGGACUCGACCAUCUUCAGCUUGUCGUGGAUUCUGGUCAAUCUCAACCGGCACCCGGAGGUGCUGCGGAACGAGAUCAACGAAAAGCUUCCAGGCCUUGUGUCUGGAGAGAUGGACGCUCCAACCAUGGACGACUUGAAGGACCUGACGUACGUGGAGGCAGUGGUGAAGGAGAGCCUCCGUCUGCACGGGAUCGCCACGACCCGCGUCCCGAAAAAGUCGAUCAUCUUGAGCGACGGCACCUUCGCGCCCGCCGGCUGCGCAGUCAUGAUGCCAGCCUACGCCUCCGCUCGAUUGACGAGUGUGUGGGCGAUGGAUCGACCCCGGGUCAAGCCGGUGUCGCCGUUCAAGUUCGGCACCUUCAUCGCUGGCCCUCGCCAGUGCGUCGGCAUGCGCUUCGCUCUGCUGGAAAUGCGCUUGGUCACCGCCGUGCUCUUCAGCCGCUUCGACCUCAAGACGGUCAAGGACCCAUUCGAGAUCUCGUACGAGUACGCGUUCACACUGCCAAUCAAGGGGCCUCUUCUUGAUGUCACCGUGCGGGCUGUAUCUGCUGCGUGA